UGUUGACCGGGAUCAAAAUGGCGGCCUGUAAUGGGCAAUGCGGGGCGACAUUGUGCACGGCGCGCACAAACGCGACCACGACAAUAUAAAUAAAUGAUCCCGAUGCGUGAGAUCGAGCCGUCGCGACGUGUGUACGUGUCUCGGGUGGUGUAGGCGGCGGUCGGCCGCGCGGUAAUGCUCGCCGCUUCGCUUGCCGAUCAUGUGAGCGCAGCAGCUCGCAGCUCGGUGGUGGUGGUGCUGCUGCUGCUGCUGGUGCCGCCCGCGUGUCGCGCGUUCACUGCGUUCCUUAUAUUCGUGUAGCCAUAUUUACAGUGCUAUCCAUCGCGGCGACCUCGCGUAUCACCCGGCGGCUUCCUGACGAGCAGUGCGACACUUUGCAUCGCCGUCGUCGCUCGGCCGGACCGUGCACGGCGCGUAUAUCAAGAGUUGCGUGCUCCCAAACGAGAUCAGCGUUGUCGUUUUCGUAGCCGCGAAGCGACGAGUAUCAUUCACGCACCUAGUGUGGAACGUUAGUCGCCCGGCUAUCUUCUCAUCGGACACCUGCGUGCAACAACCGUGUUGAUCAUCAUGCUUAGCGACUGAGAAACAGCAGUGUCACGACCUUGGCACGCCGAAAGAAAGAGAGAGAGAAAAACGCACACAGAGAAAGAGAGAGAGAGAGACGACGCUUCAUCGCCGGGCACGUCUGGAUCUCGCUGACGAGCACGUCCGUCCGCUGCUUGCAGCGUUCGCGUAUCGUCGCAUCGUUGUGCUUCGCCGCGGAUUUUGUGCAAAACGUAAGCGAACUGAAAAGUUUUGUACAUUAUAUCUGUUCGUAUAUGAUCGAAUGUCCUCCCGUUGGUACAAAAUCAUACCUCGGGAUUGCAAACAAGACACACUGACUGCACGGUCGUUUUGUGGUUGUCGAUGGGAACGCAAGAGCAGAAGAGAUUGUCACAGUGACUGCAGCAGAAGAAUGGAGAUCCUACAUUGUCAUACAACUAGUCCUAAUUGUGGGUUGUACUUUUUAUGACUACACUCACUGGAAGUGUUAUCAGUGUUUAUGACUUCGCACAAGAGUUUGAAUAUAUAGACAUACCGAAGUUGUGAUAAAUAAAACUAUGUUAUGAGUAUCUCGAGAUGUACCUAUGACACUGUGAACAGAGAGAAUCUGCUGAACCUGUACCAAGCAAGGCACUGUGGUGCCAAGCUUGGGUAAUGGAUCCCGUUGGUUCAUGGUAUGCAUCAUAUAAUCGCCUCACUGCCAAUAGCAGCAGUAACAGCAGCAACAGUAGCAGCAGCAAUAACAGCGGUACAUUUCAAACAACAUCGACUACAACAGGCGACUUUGUGUCUCAUCAUUUAGCAACGGCUCCUACGCAAGUUCCAUCGACAACGGCGUCGCAGUUACUUUUACAAGCGGCCCAUACAACGGUAACUCUGGCGGGUCAACCGUCUCCUUUUAACCCGGGAGGGUUCCUACCUCCAUCUCCCGUGGGUUACGACGUCUUCUCUCCUUUGUUCCAUCAUCCUAACUCCAAGCAAGCGCAUUAUGUCACCCAGCAUAGGCAAGUUUUGGCUCAAGCGCAAGCGGUAUCGGCGACGAAGCAGAACACCGCAACCGAGCCCGAUAUUCCCGUGUUGAGGGAAAACUACAGCUCGGCGCAUCAAGCCACGUUCUUCGAGCAGCAAGCUGCGUCAACAUCACCUACGACAUCGACAUUGGCCUGGACGCAUCAGAAUAAUACACAACUUCCCAGCCCUUUUGGCAUCUUACCGCACGAAAGCGUUGUACCUUCAUCUCCGGGCCCACCUUCCACGAAGCCUAACAGCACCGGUUAUGAGAACAAUUUCAACGCUCAUUUUAACACGACGCAAACUAUAAAUAACAUUAACUCUCAUUUAAGCAGCCCGUCCGCGUGCGGUGCCGAUUUCAAGGCGUCCGGCUGUCCCGAUGCAAAGAAGUCAGUCAAUGUAAGACCCCAGUCGCCUAAUAUUGUUAACAUAAAACCAUCAGUUUCCACGUCGCAAGUCAGUAGCAGCCAAACGUUUUUUCAGCAAGUUCCGACGACUUUCACAUCUGACACCCUGACGAAUAGUUAUACAGCGGGCAAUGGAAAUCAGUCGUCCGGUAAUGGAAAAGUGCAAUCGUCUCUUCAGCAUCAGCAAUCGUGCAUCGUAUCAACACCAAACAACACCUCGGGCAAAGAAUAUAGGAUACCGCAACCGCCUUCUAGAUCGAACGCGUCGGCGACGAUCUUCUUGAACAAUUCCGUACGGCCUGGCGCGUCGCAAGUUCCGGAUAAACAAGGAACACGCAAUUUCGCGUCGCCACCUAAUAAAACCACCGCAGCCACGCAACAGAAUAUCCAGACUAAAGCGCAGACAAAGAUAUAUCCGGAAUUGGGCAGCCAUGUCGAGCAUCGAAGGAACGAGCCACAGGGACAUGAUAACAGCCAAUCGUCUCCGAUUAGCUUCUCCAUUAUGGACAGCCGUGGUUUGAAUUAUGCCGCGAAUAAUACCGCGAAUUGCAACAGUAACGGCAAGCUUACGAGCAAUCAAAGGACGUCAUCUAACAGCAACUUACAGUCUCAUCCCCAGCAACAACAACAGCAACAGCAAACGUUUCAUGUAUUAAAUCAACAGCAACAACAACAACAGCAGCAGCAGCAGCAGCAGACUACGUCUUAUAGACAUUAUCUGACGGGAUCAACGAGCGACACGGAAUAUCAUCAUACGGGCAGAUCAAAGUCCGCGACUUCGACGGAUUCUGCGUACUCUUCUAACACUUCGACUCAAAAUGGUCCUGACUGCAGCGUCGUCGUUCCACGGCGACCGAGUCCUCUGCAAGCUCAUUCGCAAGCCAGUCCAUUGGGUCAUGUCCCGAGUCCGGCGUAUCCUAUGUACAACAGUCCAAUGGCGACAAUGUCAUCACCUUCACCGCUUCAACAGCACGCUGAAAACAACAGUAACCAAUGUGCCAGUGGUGCGCCAUACAAAGCCGGAGUUCAACAACAAGUCACCCCACCGUCACCUUUGGAUGUUACCGUUCCCAGACCGGCAUCGCAAGGACAGGUCGCGUACUCGUCAGUGAUCACUCGAGCACUGGGCACCACGGAGAACAAAGCUACAUACAAUACAGAGAGUAAAACUUACGAUAGACAGCAGCAGCAACAACAGCAGCAAGAUUUUGCACAGGCGCAAAAACAACAAGUUUGUUGGGAAACCGAUAAUCGGCAAACGAAUAGCAACAGGAAAUUUGUCACUGUAUAUACCGGCGCGAACACCGAUAUGAACGCGCAGAAUUUACCGGUUCAACAACAAGUACAAAGGCUUGUGAAUGUGUCAGACAGACAGCAACCGUAUUUUGAGACUAAUCAAGUAGCGUUGCAAGACUUGAGCAGUUGUAGAGGAGAUCCUAUGAGUAUUGUGAAAAAUUUGCAGACGCUACAAGCUCCUUGUCAAGUGCAGCAGCACGUCACUGUUACUACGCCGACUGGUACGGCGGAACAACAGAAACAAGCCGAGGAACGGCGCAAAGCCGACAAUGCUAAUAAAAAAAGAAAGAGUUUGGAAAAGAGUGGACACGGUACGCCGCUGAAUGAGCUCACGGGUACUACGACGAUGACAGAGUAUCUCAGUAGAAUACCUCCGCCGGCUCAUCACAAUACGAAUCAACAGCAACAAAACGGUUACUUCGAUUUUGAGCGAUGGAACUUGCCGCACCCGCCAGCCAAGAUGUUUCCUACCGCAUCGGGUGCCUUCAGUUCUCAAUCGUCGUUGCAUCACACGAGCAACUUCGUCGGCACUCCAGCUCAUCAACAUCAGUCGUUAAUGGUGUCGCAUCAUCAUGCACCACCGCCUAUCCCAUAUUUUCCAACUUUUCAUAUUCCAGCGGGCCAUCAUCCGCAUCAUCCGCACGAGUUUCAGUCUUCGGUCGACAUAACGCCGAUAGGAUUCAGCGAAAACGCCGCAAAUCAAAAUGCUAAUUACAAUCAAGAAGUCAGAAAUGACCAGCCUAAAGUAAUUGUUCCUAAUAUCGAGGAAGAGUUAGGUUUCCUUCAGCAAGAUCAGCAGCUGAUAUCGGCCAUGAAUCAAAUAAACAAAGAUUUCAAACGACCCAGCAAGAAUAAUAAUAUAGGAUUCAUGACGAGUUAUUUGAAAUUUCUGCAAGGUGAAAGGGACCCUUCGCCGCCACCUGCUAUACGUGGCGGCAGGAAAGCAACGUGGAACAGGUCAAAACCAUACAUACCAGUUGAGCCGAGUAAACCCGCGGAAGCUUCAACGAACGGUGAAAUUGUUAAACCUCCAGAAAAACCGACCUCAGUUAAGGAGACACCGACGAUAGAUUACGCUAAUGAUCCUAGGUAUUUUCCGUUGCCAAAGGAAAGAAAGAAACAAAAUUUCGAUUCGAGUGACGACGGAUUUACCAGUGACGAUGAUUUCCUAUUUCCACCAAAAAAAACUGAGAAAAAGGUGCAGAGCACAAAUAACACAACUAAUGCCGAGAUUGUCACCACUAAGCCAGAAACCCAAAAAUCUAAGAAAGGUAGACCCAUUAAACCUGGUGGACCUACGGAUAGGAAAAGAAGAGCGGCUGCGGCGGCAGCGGAAGCGGCCGCGAAUGGUCCUAGCGACAAAAAGAUAUCGAAGAAGAUGGAAGAAGUGGAUCCUUUAUUUCUUCCUCCGAGACGCGAGACCUCGAGAAGAAAAGCGAAAGAAAAAACUUCGGUGAAACAAUUUUUGGACCGACAACAGGGUAUAGACUAUUUCGACAAUGACGAGGAACAGGCCGACUCUGACUCCGAUCCAGCGUGGACGCCUGCCGUAAAAUUGGCCGGGGACGAAGAAGAGAAAAGGAAAAAGCGUGCGAGGCCAGUCAUUACGAAAAAGAUUAGGAAGAUUUUGGAAGAGGACGGAUAUUCUUCUGGGGAAGUCGUUGUUACGAAAAAAUCAACUAGAAAGAAGCACGAGAUGUCUUCAAAAAAUUCUAAUAGUUCUGGCAAAAUUUCUUGUAAAAUUGACGAAAAAUUGAUUGCAUCAGUUAGUGACGAGGAUAUCGACAUCUCGCCAUUUAAGCUUUCGGUAGGCAACUCGGAGGAUGUGUCUGGCGAAUUUGUCGUAAUCAAAACGGAUUUGGGCGAAGAAUAUCCUCCUCUCUGGAGAAUAGAUGGCAAAACAUUACUUCAAAAGUACGAACCAUUCAAAUCCAACGGGAAAACUUUAUAUAGAAAUAUAUCCACGUAUUCUGGAUGGGCUCCGCAAAAUCGUCACAUAUAUCAGCAAGUACCAGUGAAAUUUUUACAGCAGGGCAAAAUAGAAACUAUUGUGGAAUUUUUGAGAGAUGAGAUGAUUAUCGAUGACAGCGAAAACAUUGAUAAGUCUAUGAAAGAUACUGAGAAAUAUCAAGACAAUUUCGAAGUAUAUAUACAGACUUUGAUCUCGCAAGCUUUGGACUCUAAUUUUCUCACUGAAAUUUUUCAGGAACAAGACGAUUAUUUCCUGUCAAAUGUCAAGACUGUCGAUGACGUAACAGACGAGAGGAAACGUCGUCUCCUGUCCACAACAAAAUGGAAACCGAAUAUCGUAACGGCGAUAUCGACAUGGCCGUGUCUUAACGUGCUUAAAGAAAUACCGUCGUCGGAAUAUAAAGGAAAAUCAUGUGCUGGUUGUCAGCAGACGAGAAUCUAUGCGAGAGUUUUACUUUAUGGACAACCAUAUAAUAGCACUACAUUGGAAGGCUCGCCACCUGAUCCAAGAAUAUCUUGUGAAAAAGACUUUCUACUGUGUCGCAUUUGCCAAGCGAAGAUAACUUUAUACAAUAAAGUUGCUCAUCAAAAGUAUCUGAUGUUUCUGGAGUGCGCAGGAAGAGUGACGGAAAAGAGGGUAGCGGACCCACAUAAGGACACUACAAUAAUAUUAAAUGAAUUAUUAGCAGACGAAGCAUGGUUGAAUCAGCUUUUCAAGGAAGUGAGAAGCAUUUGGGCUGAGAUAGAUAGCAUGGAGCAACAAACUAAAACGAAAGCCAAGUCGAAAGCAACAUUGUCAUCAUCAGUAGUUGCAAGUGCUUCUAACGUACUUACGCCUAAGGAGACUGCUAAUACUUCUGAUUCACAGGUGCCUAUACAUAAUACCGAGAAAAAUCCCCAAAUAUCCUGCGACAUGCAGGUGAGCAACGUAUCGUCUUAGUGGUGUUAUAACAACUAUUUACGUUUGAUACAAAGUGUACCAAAUACAUUCGUACGAGUCCAUUGAUACAUUUGAUGCUUGGACGUUUGCGUACCCAUCUCGAUACAAAUCAAAUGGAUAUUUCAUUAUGCGUGUGCAGUGGAAAGAUUUACUGUAAAAAUAUAUACUGUAUGUAUGUGCGUUUGUGUAUAUGAAGAAGAGCGUGUGUGAAUGAAGAAAAAACGAUCAAACUAAGAAUGUAAUCGAGAGACUAUAAUUGUAGAAAUAAGCCAUGUUAUGGCGUGUAACGUAUAUGUACACACACACACACACACACACACACACACACACACAUACAUAGAGGUAUAUUAUACACAUACAAUACUAUAUAUAGUUAUAUAUAUAUGUAUGUAUGUAUAUAUAUACAUAUUGUAUAUACAUAUACAUUGCAUAUAAUUAGAUAAGUACAGGGAAGGUCCACAUGCAAGCAGGCUGAGCAUAUGUAACAUAUUCAUAUUUGAUAUAGAAAUUAGUUUUAGCCGAAAUUUUGCCAUUAUAAUAGCAUAAUGAUGAUAGCAUAAUAACAAUAAUGAAAGCCGAUGUGAAUAUAGACACUUAGAGUUUAGGUCUUUGUAUCGUGAUAAUCUUAUAUGUAAUGUUAAGCUCCAAUGUGGCGAGAUCUGAAAUAUGUUGAAAUAUUACGGUGAUAUGACGUAUUAAGCGUCACUACUUUCUGUAUCAUAUUUACAUCACAUUUUAUCAAAUCGCGAAAUUUAUAUUCUACAUAGUGAGUAGAAGAGCAUUACAUUAUUUUUCUGAGUAUUCUUUGUAUUUUUUGCAACUAUAAUUAUUUGACAGGGCAAUUUCCAGAAUUUGUAUAUUGUUUAGAAUAAUUUGAUAAAGUUUACGUCAAUUGCUUACUAUAAAUUUUGUCUUAUGUGCGUGUGUGUAUAUGUGUGAGUGUGCAGGUGCACAAUUACGCGAGGUAUAAGAACAACAAAUACUAUUCGCUAUAAAAAUGUAGUAAGAAUUCAGCUCAUGUUAUUUCGAAACAAGGCUCUAUGGUAAAUGCAAUAUUUUUGAAACGUUUUCCAUAAAUUGCGAGAUUUAAUAUAUUUACAUAUAAAAAUAUUUCUAACAUAUAUGUUUCGUGUAUUCGGUACAUUACUAAUGCGUCAUAUUUCCGCAUUAGUCAUUCGCAUUGAUAUAUUUGAGUAAGUAUUUCUUCCAGUGCAACGUAAUAAUAAUAAAUAUGUAAAUUCUUCCAUAUUAAGGCGACUUAUGUAUAGAUAAAUUCACAUGCAUUAUUCUCUUCUGGUAACUCAGUUUGGUAAUUUCUAAAAAUCUAUGAUAUCUAAAAUUUGUCGCAAUAUAACGCGCACAGUUAUAUUUCGUUAAUUUUGUUCCCUCAGUAUCGAAGUCAUGUUCAUUUAAAAAUUUGCAAAUCUGGAGUAUAGAAAUGUAUAUGAGUGAUAGAUUAUUUGUGAAAAUAAUCAUCAUUAUUGUCGAUUUAUGUGUGUGACAACCGUAUGACAAUAUUAUUAAUAGUUUCUUAAGAGGAAAGACUAAUAUCUCCUAUUAGCCUUUUCUCUUAACUUUUGAUUGAAUAUCAGUCGAGCCUCAACAUUAAAUCAUUAAUAGUUUCUUUGUACAUGAGGAAUACACAUCGAAGUAAUUUUUAAGUAACAAAGAACAAAACGAAAUACUAUUCACUUUAGAAAAACACAACUAUUUUUUUGUGUCUCUACCGAUCGAUAUUUAUUCACAGAAUAUUCUCAAAUAUCGAAGCUUGACCAUGUUCGACAUAAAGUAUGGAAAAAAGAAAUAUUAUAUCCGCGUUGUGUUGUACGUUUAAGAUUGUUUUCACGGAUUCUUUCCAAUAGCCGAUAAGUAGUUUACGAUAGCGUGAUAUACAUUAAUAAUUUUACUGUACAUUAAAUAUCAUUGCGUUACUUUACGUGACAUUUGUGCUUACUAUAAAUCUAAUUAUUGCUAUUAUAUAUCAUUAUUGUCGUCACUAUUACUGAUAUCAUUGUUUAAAGCUUGAACUGUUUAAGUUUUCGAUCUGUUUCCAGAUUUAUAAAGAAAAGAAGGAAUAUUCUCUAAAAGAGCGGAACGGUGAUAAGCGUGUGUGGCGCGAAUGUAUUUUUCGAAGAUGAUGUAUCAAAUUAUAUUUGUAAAUUGUAAAAAUAUAAUAGCGAACGAAGAGAAAAUGGUUGGCGCGUGCCGACCGGCGAACAAAAGAGAGCUUUAGGCACCUUUCUGAUAUUUCGAUAAGUCGAAAUUCACGUAUUAACAUCGAUCAUAUGAACGAUCGAUUGUGUAAUACAUUAUUGAAUGGUCUAUUGAUGACGGAGCUAAAUAUGCGGGCAUUUGGACACUGGCGUAUAGUAAACGAAUAAAGGAAAGUACGCAGCUACGGAAAAUUUUGUUUUCAGCGAAUGUGCCAUGCAAUAGUUCAUAUCUGAUGUAAUUCGUACCACAUGCGACAAUUCGACCCGCCGCAAAAAAUCGAUCGCGAGUGAAUUGGAUCGGAUUCUCUUCCAUAAAGUCGCAUUGUCGCGCGUGGUACUCACUUAAUAUACAUACAGUUAUUGUCAAUAUUAUAAAACGAGACUAUUAAUAUUGUUAUAUUGUAGUUUCUUUUUUCUUUUUCCUUUUGGAACUCCGAGGAUGUAGUUUAUCUGCUCGAUUGUAAAUUACUUAGCGCUUCUCCCAAUAAUUCUUUGCGCGCGACUCCACUACACGAUGAAUUAUUAUUAAUCGUAGUGGGAAAUUGCAGUAUUUUCUGUUAUCGCGAUCAAGAAAAACAAAGGUAUGAUCAAAAUAUAAAUAUUAUAUUAUAGUGAAAUAUUACUCGCGUAAUUUAUGUUUUUAUUAACCAUUUUUCAAUAAAACUGGAGAAAUCUAUGAAA